AUGGAUGACUUAUCAGGGCUAAGCUGGACUCCCGCUUCAGGGCCCGAGGCGACGAGGCCACCCCCCAUGAACCCCACGUCUGCAUUUUCCCAGCUACGGCCUACCCCUCCUGUACCAGGGAGGUCUACUCCUUACUUAUCCGCUGGGCCUUCGGUGCGCUCGAAGGUGCCCUCGACAGCACCCACCUCCGCAGAUGACAGCUUCGCAAACCUAGUGUCAUUCAAAUCUGCUUCAUCCGGUAAAAGCCUUUCCCUCCUUGAACAACAAAAACAUUUGGUGGAACAGAAAGCACAGCAGGAAGCAGAAAGAAAGGCUCAACUAGAAGCUCAAUAUGGAGGGAACAACGCGCAAUUCUGGAACAGUUUGGCCAAACCCCAGACAUCUAAAUCUCCUGCAACUCCAGAUCAAUUAAUGGAACAAAGUCAAACUACGACUGAUGAAGAUGAUCUUUUGGCUGCUUUCAAUUCGUCGGCCCCGGUCGAUGCAUCUACAAAUUUCCCUGUGCCCGGUUCUAGCAGAUCUUCAAAUAAUACACCAGUCCUAGAGCUUGGACAGGAUGUUAAGUGGCCUAUGAAUAACCCUUCCAUAAUAACUGAUGAUGACUAUGACCCAUUUGGUUUGCGCGAACUUAAUUCAAAGGAUAUGCCUCAGUCAACUUACCCCAAAACCGACGAUGAAGAUGUUCUAGGCGUAUUGGGCAGACCUGCCACUGAGUCUGCGUCGAAGUCGGAUGUCGAAAUUUCUGUCAUUAAGGAACCCGCUAGGAGCCCGUCUCCCGCCGUUUCCGUCAUAGAUAGGCACAUUGCUGAAUUGGUCGAUAUGGGAUUUCCUGCGGAUAAAGCCCGAGAGGCUCUUGAGGUGACCGAGUCAGGGACUGAUGUUCGGGCAGCAGUUAGUUGGCUUCUGGAUCAAGCUCAUGAGGCAAAGCAAAAGAUGAGGAGCAGAAAUAGAGGAGUUGGCAAGGAUGAACUAGGCGAUAGGAGCCGUGAACGUGAACGGCUUUCCGACAGUAGACGCCCCGAACUGCGGAACAACAGUGUCCCUGCAUGGAUGCAAAACGAGGAACUAUCUCGUUCUGCAAGCAGCCGCGCAGAUAAUAGAAGCCCAAUCUCUAUUGACAAAGAUGCGGCGGCAUUGGCAGCUGAAUUUGGUAAUAACCUUUUCAAAUCCGCUAAUUCCCUUUGGAAGACCGGAACGAAAAAGGUGCAGCAAGUUGUGCAAGAAUUUAAUUCACCGGCUGAUUUAGGCCAGCCGCGUUGGAUGCGAGAAUCUUCAACUGCCUCGGAAAAGGCACGUUCUCAAUCCCGGGGAAAUUCCCCUCCAAAUCCGAAAAACUUUACAGAUGAAGCGAUGCUGCUUGAAUCAGGGGGCCGGCCCAGCAAAUCAUCCAGAAGAAGGGAAGAUAUGUCCAAAGCACAAAUUCCCCGAAGCCGAUCUUCGCAACCAGCUUUUCAAAUGGACAUACGAUUACAAAGUAGAGAAGAACCUCGAGAUCGACUCUCUCGUGUGCACGCUGAGGAACAGGCCGCAGAAGCAUAUAUUAGCCCUGCGAGGAGAAGUAAAGCAGCUGCAACUCCUCCCGCUUCCGAAUCCCAGCCUGAUUUGUUUGAACAGCUCAGCCCAGUUCACCAGCCAACACGGCCCGCAACAACAUCCCCCGUACCCCAGGCCAGCCAAAGCCUACCAUCCAAACCCCUACCUGUGCAUCCAAAGGCUCCGCUACGGGAAAUUCCCCAGGUUUCAGCUGUAGCUCUUGCGUCCUCACACAGUCAUCGUCAGAAGGGUUCAGAAGCCUUUAGGAGGGGUGAUUAUGCUGCUGCCCAUGCAUCAUAUUCUUCCGCCAUUUCUGAGCUUCCAGAAAACCACCCCAUCAUGGUUAUUCUACUCUGUAACCGUGCCCUGACAGGGCUUAAAGUUGGUGAACCAAAAUCAGCAAUCAGAGAUGCGGAUACAGCCAUCUCAAUCAUUGGCCCGUCCAAAGGCGAGUCGGAAAAAAUCGAUCUAGGGAACGGGGAACCAAGCAAAGACAUGAGGAAAGUUUUUGGCAAAUCGUUAAUGAGAAAAGCUGAAGCAUUAGAGCAGCUUGAACGGUGGGCGGAAGCCGCGCAGGUCUGGCGAGAUGCAGUUGAAGCGGGCCAUGGUGGCAGCACCAGCAUCCAGGGACGAAACAGGUGUGAAAAGGCGGCUGGUAUAUCUCAGCCAACUUCACGAACAUCAACUCCGGCGACUUCUACUCGCCCACGACCACUCGAGAAGCCUGUAACUCCCUCAACUAGAUCCACGCCCACGAAAACACAUACUGCCAAGCCAGCUGAGGCAGUUAGUCGCCUCCGUGCAGCCAACGAGGCAGCAGACCGAGCUGAUAAUGAGAAAUUCGCCCUUGCUGAUUCUGUAGAGGCACGCAUAGCAGCGUGGAAGGGAGGGAAACAGGAUAACCUGCGGGCUCUUUUAGCAAGCCUGGAUACCGUUCUAUGGCCAGAGGCCAGUUGGAAGAAGAUCAGCAUGUCUGAGUUGAUUCUGCCCAGCAAGGUUAAGAUCCAGUACAUGAAAGGAAUUGCGAAGGUGCAUCCAGAUAAGAUACCUGUGAAUGCAACCACAGAGCAAAAAAUGAUUGCUGGAUCUGUUUUCAACGCAUUAAACGAAGCAUGGGAUAAAUUUAAACGCGAAAAUGCACUUUAG